AAAAAAUCUAGGAGAAGGAGGUGCUCUGAUAGAUGUGGAGCGCUAGCUUUAACAGUAACGACUCUAAGCUUCACACACUUCAUUCCUCUCGUUCUCUCAGUUGAUGAGUGUGAGAACCCAUAAAGUUGAGCCUGUAAAAGGGCAAGCAUUACUUACAAGUAGUAAGACCAAACAAGAUGUUAAACCUUCCUUGGUUUCUCCACCAUCAUCGAUCAAUAUCAUGGAGUCUAGAUCUCCUUUCAUUAGCCCAAAACCAUCAAGACGUGUUGCUUCGUCGUCUGAAGAUAUACAAAAUGCUCACAGAGAAACAACAAACAUCUCAAGUUCGAGCUGCGGUACAAGCAAAUGGACAGGACAUUUCAUUUUUAUGCACGAGCUUCGAAGGAAGAUUAUCACAUUUAGGGGCAUCAUUGAACUUCCUCCUCUCACCGGUUAUCUUUCCAUAACCAAUAUGGUGAUGCGUACCAUGAAAGAUCUCCACAAGCUUUUUCCUGAGAUCGUCGAGACCUCGUGUCUCUUGGAUAUAGGACGUGAUACGGAUAAGUUGCUUGACCAAUUUUACAACAUUUUGAAAUCAUUUGGAGAUUCAUGGAUCGAUGACCACAAAUGGAUCAUCAAUUCCAAGUACAUAAACAAUAGCAGUCCUAGGAAGAAUCUGCCCGAUGGACUUGGUGAGGAGUGUAGUAGAGAAGUAACUUCUUCGCUAAGGCGUCGGCUAACACAUUGCCGGAUCGAAAAAUUGGGAAAAGUUUUAGCUGCAUUAGAUGGACUCAUUACUGGGAGGAACGAGAUGCUCAACAUGACUGAGAUCAACAAUGAGGACAAGAAGCCAAAGUUUACUACUCCUCCUCAGAGUAAGCGAGCCUUAUUACCAUCAAAACCAGUCAUGAAGCAACACAUCACACCAAGAACGGUGCUGCAUCCACCGAGAGACAUUGAAAUAUCUGUUUCAAAUCUUCCAAGACAUGUGAGAAUGCAGGCGCUUGUAAUACUGAGUCCUAUCAAUGUGAAGCGACUCACUAUCCAACAAACUGUGUGUAAGAAAGAAGCUCAGAAAAAUGAUGGUGAUGAUGAGAGUGAGAAGCAGAAGAGAGAAACAGAGAGGGUUCAGAAAGCAAAAGAAGCAAUUCCUAAGGAUAAAGAUAGUUUUAAGAGUCAGACUGAUGAUGAUAAAAGCUACUCAAAAUGUUCAGAAAAAUCUGAAAGGGUUCUGGAACCUUUGGCCCCAACUCCUCCACAUCCAGAGAGUGCUGCACUACCGUUGCCACAGCCACUUCCAAUGACUGCUGCAUUACCAACUCCAAGUCCACUUCCAGUGAUUGCUGCCAAAGGACCAGCUCUGCUGCCUCCACCUCCAGGGGUUUCAGCACUACUGCCACCACAGCCACUUCCAAUGGCUCCAGGAAAAAGACCAGGGGCUCCUCCACCACCGCCGCCACUUCGCUUGGGAGCCAAGAAAGCAACUGGUAAACUGAAGAGAUCAACCAAAUUAGGGGAACUCUACAGAUUCCUCAAGGCGAAAAUUGAAGGGAAGGAUCCAAAACCAAGAUCACGUGGAGUGAGAGGAGGAAGCAAAGGCGUUGGUGGAAAGCAAGGAAUGGCUGAUGCUCUUGCUGAGAUAACAAAGAAGUCACCUUACUUUCAGCAAAUAGAAGCAGAUGUGCAAAUAUAUAUGAAAGCAAUCAAUGAGCUUAAAACAGAGAUCUCCAGCUUCCAGGGUAAGGACAUGACUGAGCUUCAGAGAUUCCACUUGUAUAUAGAAUCAGUGCUUGAGAAACUAACAGAUGAAACAAAGGUUCUAGCGAGAUGUGAAGGGUUCCCGGAGGAUAAACUUGAUGCUAUAAGAACGGCUUCAGCAUUGCACUCAAAGCUGCAGGAUAUGAUGAAAGAGCUCAAUAACUGGAAGAUCGAGUCUCCUGCAAACCUACUCUUUGACAAGACUGAACGUUACUUUGCAAAGGCAAGUCAUCUUACUAUAGCGUGUUCCCCUUAUUUGAUCAGAGGAGAGAUUGAAACUCUAGACCAGAUCAAAAUAGAAGAGGAAAAGAAGUUCAAGAGACAUAACAUCCCUUUCGACUUCAGUAUCCUUACUCGGAUCAAGGAAACAAUGGUUAACAUCUCAUCAGGUUGCAUUGAACUUGCGUUAAAGGAAAAAAGAGAAGCAAAUAUUACAUCACAUAGUUCAGAAUCACGCAAGGCAAAGCCGAGCAUGAUCAAGAAUAAGACUGUAGGAUUUGCUAAAACGUUGUGGAGAGCAUUUCAUUUUGCAUACAGAGUUUACAUAUUUGCUGGUGGACAUGAUGACCGAGCUGAUAAGCUUACCAGAGAGUUGGGUAGUGAAAUUGAAUUAGUCCUCAAAAACCGAUGA